UAGAUAGAUAGAUAGAUAGAUAGAUAGAUAGAUAAACUUGUAUUAUUUAUGUGCAGCCCAGAACAAAAUGGUCCAUGCACUUGUACUGGUACUUGACCUAGUGGUUGGGGAAACCUUACCUGCCGUGCCUGCAAGACACUGCUGAGGACACAAAAAUCAAGCAUUCGUUGCGGGAGGAGUGCCUGCCUGGCCUCUUCUGUCAAAAUUAUCACACAAGUUUCUUCUGACAAGAGGAGGGUCAGCAGGUACCAGAACCGAGGUGAACAUGGCCCAGGCCAGCAUCUUGGUGACUGAGAACCAGUUCAGGUGUCCCAUCUGCCUGGACAUCCUGAGACACCCGGCGUCCAUCCCCUGCGGACACACCUACUGCAUGGUGUGCAUCAACAACURCUGGGACCAGGCAGAGCCGCCGGGCCGGUUCAGCUGCCCUCAGUGCCGGGAGAGCUUCAGUCCUCGGCCGGUGCUGCGGAGGAACACGGUGCUCGCCGAGGUCGUCGACAAACUCAGGCUGAGCGGGGUGGUCGGAGAGCCGGGGCUGUACUUGGGGGCAGCCGGGGAGGUUCUGUGCGACCUCUGCCCGGCGGAGAGCAGGAUGACGSCAGGGAAGUCGUGCCUGGUCUGUCUGGCGUCCUUCUGCGAAGUCCACGUCCUGCCGCACCGUGAGGUCGGCCCGCUGCGGCGUCACAAGCUGGUGCCCGCGGUGGAGCGUCUGGCGGAGCGGCUGUGCGCUCAGCACCGCCUGGGUCUGGAGCCCGCGGGGCCGGGGAGCCGCUCCGAGAAGGAGGAGGAAGAGCCCGCUGUGUGGAGCGGAAACUGCCCGCUGUGUGAAGCUGAGCAGGAGGAGGAGCGCAGGAUGGAUGCCCAGAAAGUCAGGAGACAGCUCCAGCUUCAGGACUCUCAGAGGAUGCUUCAGAGAAGRAUCCGAACUGGAGAGGGAUACCUGGAAGAGCUUCAACAAGCCUUGGAUUCUCUGAAGGUGUUGGCAUCUGUAGUCCUGGAGGACAGUGAAACUCUGUUUUCUGACAUGGCACAAUGUCUGGAGAGAUCUAAAGCUGAGGUCCAAGUGAUGUUAGAGGCAAAGGAGCGUGCAGUAAUUGGGAGAGCAGAACGAGACAUUGAGCUCCUGGAGAAAGACCUACAGGAGCUGAGGAGGAGAGACGAGGAGAUCAGCCUGCUGCUGAAAACUGAGGACAGCGCUCUUUUUUUACAGGCGUCCCCUCUGCUCUACAUCUGUCUCACCACUGAUCAGCGCUCCGGAGCCUUUAGCCGGCCCGCAGAGACCUUCAGUGAUGCCAGGAAAGCWCUGUGCCAGCUUCGCAGCCGCAUGGAAGAAAUCUGCUGGGAGGAGGUGGACAGAAUUUGUCGUGGAGGUGGCCAGACUGUGGAGAACUCCAAACCUCAGCAACCUUUGGUGCAACAUAACAGUAGAGCAGGGACAGUUUGGUUCCCUCUGUCCAUUUUGUCCUUGCAGUCACCUGAUCAGAGGAUGAGAGCAGCUUUGCUCAGAUUCUCUUGUCAGCUGUCAUUGGACCCCAAUACAGCCCACCCUGCCCUGGUUCUUCUGGAGGAGCCAGCAGGCGCUCACUGUGGCAAGGAGGCUCAGCCCUACGCCCCUCACCCACACCGUUUUGACUCGGUGACACAGGUCCUGUGUAGGGAGGGUCUGUCUGGGGUUUCCAGGUACUGGGAGGUGGAGUGGAGGGGCGGGGGAUGGGUCGACAUCGGCGUUACAUCGCUGUCAAUCGUACGUAAAGGUGGUGGGAAGCCCUCCCUGCUCGGGCGCAAUGAGAACUCAUGGAGGCUGAGGUUUACACGGACCGGUUUUGCUGCUUGGCAUGAUAACCGAAAGACCACGAUGGCGACACCCACCUCCCAGAGGAUCGGCGUGCUACUGGAGCAUCAGAAAGGGGCCUUGUCCUUCUAUAGCGUGUCGGACACUGUGGUGCUCCUUCACACGUUUAACUUCCAGUUCUCUCAGCCUCUGUAUCCGGCUUUCCGUCUGGAUUUGGACUCCACGCUGUUGAUCUGCCCCCUCUGAAGGAGGGCAGUAGAACCAAAUGGUAUCACCCUCAUCAUUCAUUCCUGUUUGUCCUGUGAAGAACGAGGCUCUUCUCUCUGCAGAUGAAUUUGAAACUAAAAAUGUAACAAAAAAGGAGCAGAGAGGUCAUCUUUAUCAUUAAACUGCAUUCCAAAUUAUUAUGCAAAUUAGAUUUUUCUCUGAUGUUCCUGAAUAGUUGAUGCAAAUGACAAAUUUCAAGUCAUCAGCUGUUAGAGUGUAAUGUUAUUGAUAAUAUCUGUAUUUUCUAAAGUUAAAAACUCAAAAUGCAAGCUUCCAAAUUAUUCUUCACAACAGAGUUACAAAAUGUUUUAUUAGUUGUGAAGAACUGAGAAUGGUCAUUUGUUGAAUGUGCAGCAGUAGGAGGUCAUAUUCACUGAAAUUAAAAGCUAUUUCAAUCAAAAACCUGUUAACAGAUCAGGUUACAUUUUAAUGUAUGAUCCCUUGAACUGAUGAGUUUUUGGAGAGUUUCUACUUGAAUUCUUUGCAGCAUGUCAGAAUAAAUAGCCUCCCAGACCUGCUGUUUGGAUGUGAACUGCCUCCCACCCUCAUAAAUCUGUUACUCCAGAGGUUCUCAAUCAGAGUUGAGGUCAGGGGAAGAUGGGGGCCACACCAUGAGAUGCAGCGGUGUUGCAGCAUGAGGUGCAUUGAAACACAAAGAUGGUUUUUAUGGGCUAAAUCUUGUGCCAGCAGGAACUGAAUUUGAAUUGCUCAGAUUGAAUCUGAAUGUGCACAAUUUGAAAUUGAAUGCAUUGGUUUGAAAACGAAUUUAAUGGUUUGAAACUGAAUUUAAACCUUCCUCGAUGUGACUUUAUCUGCACAAACUCAUGUGCUCUGAAUUAGCUACAAAUCUCUCAACAGUAUAAUAAUCAUGCUUAAGUUUUCUUGAAAUAUCUAAGGUUUUAAUACAUUAUCCAAGGCAUUCAACUAUUUUACUUUUUUUUUGGCAGCAGAGAGAUCCAUUUUCUUUGCCAUAUUGCUUGAUAAUGGUGAUCUGCUUAAUAAAGUGGAAAGUCCUUCAGUACUUUUUUAAUGAGCUCACCUGGCAAGCUAAUCAUCACAGGUUGAUUUCAGUAAUCCAUCGAGCCAGGAGACACAACAACAUCCAUGAUUUUAAAUUAAAAACAAAAAAGCGGGUCUUCAUGACAAAUACAAUUUGUAUAACAAUUUGGCAUUCAGUGUAGACAGAAACAUCAGAGGACAACUUUCUGUUUCAUCACCAGCAUUCGGUUUAUUCUGAUUUUAUUUAUUAAAAUGGUUUUGACUUUAAAUUCUUUAGAACACAAACUGCAUGUCUUCCAAUUCAACCAAAUGUCAGAUGUAAUCAGAUCCUUACCUAGCUGUUAAGUCAAGGUAAAUUUUAUUUUUUUAUUUUUAUUUUUUUACAAGAACUAAACUGGUUUCACAUGCGACACGUCGGUCACAAGAGCUUUAAACUUUUACCCAACAGACACAAUCAAUCCAGCUUCUCUUAGGACAACAAUCCACUUGAAACCACAAUUAUUGUGCAGUUUUCCAUUGACCUCACCUUCCCUUUCAUCUGAUCCUGACCACAGCAGUGGUUUGUUAUGGCAUAGAUAUGUUCAGGUGUUUCUUAAAAGCACUUUUGAUUACAGGAGAUGAUGAUCACCUUGACUGAGCACUGUGUAAGGCCUUUAAACAAAUUAUUAAAGUGGAUUCUUAUCAGACAAAGAAACACUACAGAAUGUUUGCCUUGAAUUGUGAUUGUGCAUAUUGAAGAAAAAUACCAUUAAGUGACCUUUAUCUUUUUAAUCUGUAAAGUUUUGACAAAUUUUCAAUACAAGUGUUUGUUGCUGAAAAAUAUGAUUGAAUGUAUUUUUU